AGAACGCCACUUCCGAGAGCCAAAACAAGGACAAAGAGACUUACAUCUUUGAGUUGACGCUGGGAAAUCUGUCUUCAUCUUCUUUAAUUAGUUUCUUUGUUAUUGUUUUCCUAUUAACACCGUUAAGUAACAGUAGUGCAACAUUAGUGGUCCCUAGCCAUGAGUUCUACUUCCUGCCCUCUAGGCAACUUGACUUCUAAUGAGUGUGCUUCCAAGAUCCCUGUGGAACAUCUGGAAUAUGAUUACAUUGGCAAAUGCAAGGAUACCAAAUACCUGGAGAAAAUCCUUGGACUACUGAGAUCCGGCAAGGAGGGCUUUUAUCCUCAUCUGAUUGAGUUCUGCGAGACUCAUCUGGAGAACCUGGACCCUCGGAGCCGAGCACUGAGGAAGGAAAAUCCUGUUUCCACAUCCUCCAAUCUUCCAGAGGAUGAGAGGAGCCUUAUAGAAAAUGAGUUGAAGAUGUGGCAAGAUGAGAGCAGAGUGACAGAGAUGGCUCUCAAAAGGCAUUCAAUGUUUAAUGAUGGCGUUGAGCAAAAUAUGCCUCCUGUAAGAGGGUCCAACUGCUCUGUUCCACUCAUUUGGAACUCAACAUCUACAGGAAAGUGGAGGUCUUCAAGGUGUAACAAGCCACGUGAUUAUCGUGAAUGGGACAAGUUCGAUGUGGAAAAAGAAUGUCAGAAAAUUGAUGGCGACCUUGUCGAAAAUGAACGGCCUGCGAUUAUAAACACAGAACGCCCCAAAGCUGAAGUGGAUCCUUCAUUGCUGACAACAGAGGAAAAACUUCUUCUGGCAAAGCGUGAGAAAGACAAAGGCAAUGAAGCUUUCAGAGCGAAUGAUUAUGAAGAGGCAAUUGCGUACUACUCCAGAAGCAUAUGCAUUGUGCCUAUGGUGGCUGCAUACAACAACAGAGCCCAGGCAGAGAUUAAGCUGAAGCAUUGGACGAGCGCCAUGAAGGAUUGCAACCAUAUAUUGGAGCUCGAACCCUGCAAUGUGAAAGCUCUGCUUCGUCGAGCCUCUGUGCACAAUGAAAUGGGAAACGGGCAACUGGCCGUGAAAGACCUGACAAUUGUGCUGAGAGAGGAACCACAAAAUGUUGCAGCCACUCAACUUCUGUCGGAGACUUCAAAGAAGAUGACAGAACUGCGACAAGGAAAACAGAGAAAAGGCAAAAAAAUCAUCAUCCAAGAAGUGGAAGAGGUCGAUGAAGAGAUAAAACCAGAGCAGACCGAUUGUCUGGUCGAACCAAGCCAGCUUGUGGGAGGGGACGAGCGCUCAGCUGUUCCUGCAGAGAGGGGAGACAUGGGUAACGCACAAAAGAGGCCCCACGGCAAAGGAGACGGGGCUGCGCACAGCGAUUCCACCAACUCCCAUCCCGGACACUGGAGGAGCAAAGGUAGCAGCUCGGACAAGUCUAAAGUCCCGCAGGAGUCCAAGGUAGCUAAUGGAACGAGCAAGAGGGGAUCGACGGUGUCGGGGCAGGCUGAUCCGGCCAGUAGCAGCAAGGAGAGUCCGGCGUGUGGAAAUGUUGGGGAACCUGUCAAUCUUGAUGCACUAUGUGGAGCCCUCCCCUUGUCGCUCUCCCGCUUAAAGAACGAAGGAAAUCUGCUGUUUAAAAAUGGACAGUUUGGCGACGCACUGGAAAAAUACUCUCAGGCUAUUCAAGGAUGUACAGAUGCAGGUAUUGAUAGUCCAGAGGAUUUAUGUAUUCUAUACGCCAACAGAGCAGCCUGUUACCUGAAAGAUGGCAACAGUCAAGACUGCAUACAGGACUGCACAAGAGCGCUGGAGCUACAGCCUUUCUCCCUCAAGCCCCUCCUGCGCCGGGCCAUGGCUCAUGAGUCCCUGGAGCGCUACCGAAAGGCCUACGUGGAUUACAAGACUGUUCUGCAGAUAGACGUCAGCGUGCAGGCAGCACACGACAGUGUCAACAGGAUCACACGGUUGCUUAUUGAGCAAGACGGUGCAGAAUGGAGAGAGCAACUCCCAGAUAUCCCUUCGGUUCCUCUGUCGGCCCAGCAACACCGCAGAGAGGAGCCACCCAGCGCCGAGGUCCUUCAGGCUCGGGCCGAGAAGGCAGCCAGAGACGCAGAAAGGAAAGCACAAGUCCGUUUUGCUGCUUUGAAGGAGGAAGGGAACGCAUUUGUGAAAAAGGGCCAAUACCAAGAUGCUCUGGGAAAGUAUUCCGACUGCCUUAAGAUAAAGCCAGAAGAAUGUGCGAUCUACACUAACAGAGCCCUUUGCUACUUGAAACUGGAGAGAUUUAUGGAGGCCAAGCAAGAUUGUGACGCGGCACUCAAAGUGGAGCCAAGCAAUAAAAAGGCCUUCUACAGACGAGCGAUGGCCAGUAAAGGACUUAAGGACUACCUGGCGUGCAGCUCAGACCUGCAGGAGGUGCUGCAGCAGGACCCGCACUUGCAGGAGGCAGAGAACGAGCUGGAGGAGGUGACGCUUCUACUCAAGCAAAGUCUGACCAGCGAAUUACAAGCUAAACCCAGGAAGGUCAUCCCCAUUACAGAGGUGACGGGCGAUCACGAAGCAUCAAGUGUUCCAAGUUCUGACACUUGUUUCAGGGAAGAGUUUAGCCAUAAACUGCAAACAAGCAAUGCCUACGAGUUUGGCCAAGCUUUAAACAUCGCCUGCAGCAGCGGCAACAUGGCAGCAUGCGCCGACUUGCUGGCUUCGACUGCUCCGGAGAAGCUUCCGCAGUUUUUGAGCACUCAGCUCAGCGGGCAGACCAUUAGCUUCAUCAUGAAGGUGCUGGACUCGCACCUCCUGGAGAAAGACCCUAACCUAGUCUACCAACACCUCAGUCAUCUACACACUGCGGACAGGUUCUCGAUCGCGCUGAUCCUGCUGGAGAAGGACGAGCGCUGCCACAUAGGCCAGCUGUUCGAGCGCCUGUCUGCCGUGGAGAGUGCAGACUUCACCCAGAAUGACGUCCAGAACCUGGCCAACAAAUACAUCUAAAGCGUCCACAUCGUCGUCGCCCGCAUCAGCUGCUGCACCCGCACCACAACUCUUGGAUCUAUGCAAAAACCGCACGAUAAGAGAAUGUGUCCCAAAGCAAUACAUUUAAACACUGCUGGAAAUGAUCUGAGACUAUGUUUAAAGUGACUGCAUCAAAAAAAAAAGAUCUAUAUUUUUUACAAAGAAUUGCUUUUGUACCACUCUAACCAUUCAAGUAUGCACAGUACUUUGGACCUUGAGGGUAUUGAUCAAUUGGGUCCAAAAUAAGUUGGGUUUCUCAGUUACUUGUGGAUUGCAGUCUUUGAAUAUCCAAAUGUUUAUAAUAGAGGAGCAUGAUGACUUUCAUUUCAGGGAAUUUGCCAUGAAGCUAUUUAAGACAUUCCUUGCUGUAGAGGAAGAUCACCACGUUCUAUAACCGUAUUGUUGUUAUAAAAGACAUUUACUGUAGGUCUGCAUGAUCAUCUUUAGUACUGUUAAGUACAGUAUGGCAAACCCCAGC